AUGAGCACCAGUGCCAAGCUGAACAUUCUGACAGCGGAAGAGAUCCGCCAAAAAAAGUUCCUUAAACGGGGUUUGCAACUCAGCAUUUUGGUUGUUGGCCAGACGGGAACAGGUAAGAGCACAUUUAUCAACACUCUUUGCAACGAGGACAUCAUCACCACCAAUCGUCCGGCGCCUGCAGAUCUGUCGAUCGAGAGUCACUCUGCCAAGAUCUACGAGGGAGGGACCAGAAUUGACUUAGACGUGGUUAUGGCGCCAGGACUGGGCGACUUCAUCGACAACAGAGACUCGACAAAAUGUCUCACAGAUUACAUUGAGAGCCAGUUUGAGAGGGUGCUGAACGAUGAGUGCAAGAUCCAGAGAACUCCAAAGGCCACGGACACGAGGAUCCAUGCUGCCAUCUAUUUCAUCAGACCUACUGGCAAGGGAUUGCGGGAGCUGGACAUUGCUUGCAUGAAAGAGCUGGGGAAACGGUGCAACGUGAUUCCCGUGAUCUCCAAGGCGGAUAUCCUGUCUGAGGAGGAGAUUGCUUUGAACAGAAAACUGAUUUUACGGGACCUGGCCAAGAACAGAAUCAACACGUAUGACUUCUCAAACUGUUUCUCAGACAUUGACGAGGAGGACGACGAGUCAGCAGUCAGCAGCGUUCAGGAUCUGGUCCCAUUUGCCAUUGUCUCCGGUACGGAUAGGGCCAUCAUCGACCAGGUGGAGUAUAAAGUGAGACGUCUGCCUCAUGGGAUUGUGAGAGUCGACGAUCCUGCUCACAGCGACUACAUUGUUUUGAGAACAUGUUUGCUGGGCGCAUGUCUGCAAGAUCUGAAGGACACGACUCACGGGAUCUACUACGAAAAGUACCGUACCGAGAAGCUUUCCAAGAAUCCACCAGGAACCGGCUACAUGAAGCCUGGUUCAAGGGCCUCCAAGCCAACGAGUUCCGGGUCUCUUCUGGACAGACUGAGAACCAACGUUGGCUCCAGACAGUCGAGUGUCCUUUCUUCCGAUAGAUUGACCAUUAGCGAGGGAAUAGUUAACUGA